AAAAUAAAAUAAGAAUCGAUCGCUGGAGUGAUGGACGCUGACUCGUUUAGCACUGUGAAAGUGUGAAUUGUGGUGCUGUGAACAUUAAGUGAAAUAUGAAUUUUAAAAUCGAUAAAAUAUAAAAUUAUUGUUUUAAGUGUUUUAUAAUUCGUUCACAAAAAUAUUAUAUAGUAUAAUCUUAUUUACUUUGGUACUUUUUAAAUUAUAUAUUCGAAGUUAUUUGAUUUAUAUAUUUAAUAUGGACCGAUUCGAAUAUGCUAAGCCUGAUCCAAACGAGACCGUAUUAUGCCGUCACAACAAUGUUACUUUGUACGAUGGUGAUUACAAAACUUCAUUUCAUCGUGGUAAUAUAAUCUUAACACCUACACGUCUUUUCUGGAUGUCUGGAGAUGCAGGGUUGUCUUUACAACUUCGAUAUAUAGUAUACAUUGAAUCUACAGUUACUGACACUUUAUUUGGUUCAAAAACUAAAACUAUCCUUGUUCAUUUACUACCCUCAAAUAAUGAAAAUCCAGGCCCUGUUUCUUGUGCCAAAGGCGAGUACAUCAAACUUGAUUUUAAGGACAAAAUUCCUGAUGGAUUUUUUGACAUAUUUCAGAAGACUGUAAGUGAAAAAAAGUGGUCUGUUAACAAAACUACCCGUCAGAUUCGAACAGGAAUUGGAGGGAUUGAAAAAAAUAUUUAUGAAAAACAAAAAGCAUCUGAUAUUAGUAUAACAGAAGCUUUUAAAGACUUAGACAAACUUAUGAUUACAGCUAAAGAUAUGGUAACAUUAAGUAAAAAUAUUUCUGAAAAAAUUAAAGAAAAACAAGGGGCUAUUAGUGAUGAUGAAACAGUGCGCUUCAAGUCUUACCUUUUAGGUCUUGGUGUUGAUGACCCAGUUACUAGAUCAUCAUUCACUGAUUCAAAUACUUAUUAUGCCACACUAUGUAAAGAAAUAAUCAAAGUUAUUCAAGUUUCAUUAGACGAAGUUGGUGGUACAAUGGCUCUUGCAGAAGUUUAUUGUCGAGUAAAUAGGGCUAGAGGAUUAGAUCUUUUAUCACCUGAAGAUUUAAUGCAUGCAUGUUAUAUGAUGAAUACUGACCAAUCAUCGCCUGUAAAACUAAGAAAAUUUGACAGUGGAGUAUUAGCUUUACAAACAUCUUUAUGUGAUGAAUCUGUAAUAUUGAAAAAAACUGUCGAAGCAUUGCAAAAAAAUGGAUCAUUAAGUGCUCAAGAACUGUCAACAUUAAUUGGAAUACCAGUUGUAUUAGCUAAAGAGUAUUUGUUAUCUGCUGAAAAACAUGGGAAGUCAUGUCGAGAUGAAAGUAUUGAAGGUUUAAGAUUUUAUCUUAAUAAAUUUUUAGAUGUGUAUUAAAUACAUGUAAAAUAAUUUCCAAAUGUUGUUGAUAAAUAAUAAUAUAUUUUUAAUGAAAACCUAACAUUAUACAUAGAUAUUUUUUAAUAUAUGUAUAUUUUUACAAUUAGUUUAAAAUUAAAUAUUUAUUUUUGAUAUGAACAACUUAUAUGUGAAAAAAAAUGAGACUGUUAAAAUAUAAAAUUAUUAGAGAAUAGAUGUAGUUAAUACAUUCAAUGUUUAGUAUUUUAUUAAUUAUUCAUUUAAUGGAAUUGUUAAAUAUGUGUACCACUAUACCUGUAGUAAAAC